AAUCAGAAGGGGGAGGGCUGCUUCACCAGGAAAAGGACUGAUGAAAUGGCAGCUUUGUAAGCGACCAGGUGGAACCUUAUUUCCUUGUCACAUUCCAGUGUCUUGACAGUAAAUGUUGUGAAAGAAAAUAAAGAGUCCGUUGGCAUAAAAUGGUUUAUCUGAUUCUGAUUUCCUUUCUGGCAGGCUCAUUUUUAACGCUGAUACUUCAGUUUUUGUUACUGUACAGAAGAAAGCCAGAACCUGUGCCCAGGACAGUGCAGAAUGUCAACCCAGUACUUCAUCCGCAUCUCAAGGAUUAUCUUAGUAAACAUAUAGUAACGACCUGUCAGCUGCAGCAGCAAGAUGCUCCAGCAGCUGCACCGCCUAAGCAGCAAGAAUCUUCAAGCACUAAACAGCAGGAUACUGUUAAAUCAAAAGCUGAAACGUGCAAUUUUCUUAAUGCAGUAUUUUUGUUUUUAUUUAGAGAGCUUAGAUCCACUGCUGGGGUCCGGCGCUGGGUGACUAAGAAAAUAAAGGUCGAAUUUGAAGAGCUGCUUCAAACCAAAACAGCUGGAAGACUGCUAGAAGGUCUCAGCCUAAGGGACAUCUCACUUGGAGAUUCAUUGCCCGUGUUUAAAACGGUUAAGCUUCUUGGACCUGUGCUGUGCAAUGACAGCGAGAUGCCAGAGGAGCUCAAUUUUGAGGUGGAGGUUGAGUACAAUGGAGGCUUUCAUAUGGCUAUUGAUGUAGAUUUGGUGUUUGGAAAAUCAGCAUAUCUAUUUGUGAAGCUGACUAAGGUAACUGGAAGAUUAAACUUGCAGUUCACUCGAAUACCUUUCACCCAUUGGUCCUUUUCAUUUCUUGAGGACCCCUUCAUUGAUUUUGAAGUAAAAUCUCAGUUUGAAGGGAGGCCCAUGCCUCAACUGACAUCUGUCAUAGUUAAUCAGCUGAAAAGAGUAAUUAAGAAGAAACAUACUUUACCAAAUUAUAAAAUCAGGUACAAACCAUUCUUUCCAUUCCAAGUUCAACCUGCAGCACAAACAGAAGAGCCGUCUCUCUCUAUUCAGGAUACAGGUCUGAUAGAAGGACGCCUUAAAGUCACUUUGGUCGAAUGCAGCAGGCUGUUCAUUUUUGGAUCCUAUGAUCGGGAGACCAGUAUCCACUGCACUUUAGAACUAAGUAGCACAGUUUGGAAACAGAAAACAAGAUCCUCUAUCAAAACGCAGACUUGUGUAUAG